AAAGACUAACAACGAAGAACAAAGACAAGGUUACCAUGGACCAAAUGAAUCAGAGUACUCAACAACAAGCGCAACCUCAUGGACAAACGAUGCCUGGAAGUUCCAUGUCUGUCUCGAACGGAAACGCACCAACGGGAGGGUCGGUGGCAUCAUCAGCAGUUCUUCCCGGGAGCCAACAGGUUCCUCCCCAUCUACUUGGAAUGAUGGCAAACCCAGCAAUGGCCGCUGCUGCUGUCAAUUCGCCUUUGUUCCAACCUUCAGCUAUGAUCUCGAAUCCGGGAGCGUUUUUAGGAAUGCCGGAUAAUUAUAUGACAGCGUCAGGCAUGGCCCGCAUCAACACAGGUGCUGCAAACGCCAACCACGGAGGCGGACUUGUGUUGCCGAACCCCUUGUUUCCGAACAGCGCAUUCGAUCCGCAAAACAACGCUAGCAACAACGCACAAUCACAGUCGCAAAUGAUGAUGCAGAACGUGGCUAUUAUGAGUGGAAUGGCGAACUACAAGCAACAGGAUCGGACUGCGGGAGUGGUGCUUCCCGUGGCUCCGGCAUCGGCAAGUGCCGGUGACGACCUCUUUUUUGACUCGAACACCAGCAAAUCCCACAAAGGUGAUUUGACGAGUGAGGAGCGGGCACAGCAAAACCGUGAUCGGAAUCGGGAGCACGCAAGGUCGACGAGACUUCGCAAAAAGGCCUACGUGCAAAAGUUGCGCGAACUCGUCGAGGGUCUGCAUUCCGAACGUACGGAAGAAGUACGACGAAGGAGAGUAGCAAUACAGCAUCUCGCGGAAAAGCAAAACGUUCGGAAAAAGGUUGUGCGGAACUUUUUACAGUAUGGUUCCAACUACGAAACGGACGAGCGCAAGUGGGGGACCAUUUUGGAAGACGAUUUCUAUUUGAAACAGCCGGUAACUCCGUACCGGUCCUUUCCGAGGGCAGAAAUCGAAAAAGAAUGUCGAAUCUCUCGUGGAAUCGACUCUAUUAUCAACGACGGAGCUAGUCUCUCGGUAAUGGUGGAGGGUAUUGGAUCACGGAGUACUCGCUGGAUGCAGAUGAAGCGUGAUGAGUUUUUGCUCCUGAACGAAGCCAAGCACGGUUCCAAGAGGAUGCCUAACUGCAUUUUACGACAAGACAGUCGCUACAAGCACGCGAUUUCGAGCCUCUCUUCGAGCUCAGGUUCCUCCAAUCAAAAUUCAAGUAGUGAAGAGGAAAAGCAAAACGAACGCAUCCAGCCUACGAACGCUUUGGCGACACACACCGAAAAUCCUGAGGAUGGAACAUCAGGUUCUCCAAGUGACGAGGUGGCAGCAACUAAAGUCAGUUCGUCGGGCGGCAGUGGAAAUAGCAGCAACGAAAGCAACACGGGCAGCGACGGCGGCCGACAGUCAAAGCAGCAGGACGCUUCUCAAGGUUUCCACGAUUACCAUGCAAAACCAUUGCCUGAUCCAAAGUUGGAAGAUUCAGAGCGCAGUAGCCCAUCGGGGGACGACUCACCCGAAGAAUCCAACGACAACGCUUCGAAUGGCGGAACGAAGCGCGUCAGCACGGAUUCUUCUUCUGGAGAUGAUAGUGCCGCAGCAAUAGCGCGCCCCAGUAAGCGCCGAAAGCAUCAAGAUGAAACCUCCAGCAGUGUGAAUACGGCUGGACAUGCUGUAUAUGCUUCCAGAACGGCGCCCAAUCCGCUUCUUCCACCAAAUAUCGCCAAAAAAGGCGGAAUUCCUCACAAUGUUCAGCCUGCGGGAACUUCUGUCUCGUCGAACAAUGGGAUUGCCCGGAUCGGGACUGCGCCAGCUAUCCCGCUGCCCCCGUUUACAGGGAUAGGAAAAAAUUGUUCGGUUGCUUCUGAUGGUCAUGCUGCGGCAAUGCCGACUAUAUCAGUGCCUCAAGGAAAAAGCAUUGCAUCCUCUGCGAAGGAUGGUACAGCCGAGCCCACCGUUCUAUCAGCCGAGGUCGAGACUUCUUCGAGCACUUCGGGAAGAAAGAGGCCACAGAUUAGAGCCUACUAUCACAUCAAUGAGGACGACAUGAUUUUGAUGGAGGACUUUCUUAUGUGCCCGUUCAUCUUUCGUUCUCAGGAUGCCGUUCUUUGUGGUGCGUUGUCUGAAUGUGUGAUGCCUGGUAUGCUUCGGGCGCAUUUUUCGCCGAGAAACAAGCUAGUUAGCGUUGAAAUGGUGUACGAUGCCAUGGGCUUUAUGCAAUUGUUAGAACGCGCAAGUGGGAACGAAGGCACCUUUCAGAUUAUUCCUGGUAGCCUUGAAAUGGCGCUGGCGCCUAUCAAUACAGAAGCAAGAGUCAUUACCUUGGCUGAGGCACCUUUUUUGAUCGUCAAUGUAAAUGCAGAAUUUACGAAGACAACUGGAUACACCCAACUGGAAGCUGAGGGCAAGGAGUAUCUCAGCCUGCUCGGAGGUGAAGGGACCAUCCCGGAAGCUUGUGAGCGCGCCAACAAACCCGUACAUAAGUUGGAAGAAGUAGCCAAUGGUCGAUGUGCGUGCUCAACCAAUAUUCACUACGACAGGGACGGUCAGGACUUUAUUGAAUACGUUUGUUCGUAUCCACUGACUAAUUCCAACGAUGAAGUUACUCAUUUGCUUCAUGUUCACAAGGAGCUACCAUCUCUUCAAAACUCCGUUCAUGAUUGACGCAUUUCAGUAGAAAGUACUUUAAGAAUAGCCCAUUGCUUUUGAUCUUUU